UCCAAUAGACGGUCGGAUCUCUACACUCGCCAUCGUCACUCGCUUGCAAAAACAACUUUCCCAGCCUCAAAGAGUCGCACGCCCCAUGUGUUGAUUGCACCAAGGUGUUUCUGAUCUCCUUCCCGCAUGCUUUCUUCGCCUUUUCUUCGCCUUUUGUGGAAGCUCCGAUAGGCAGGAAGCGAUGCAAUGGGCAACUUGACUCUUCGCAUCGAGGACAAGUAUCAGUUAGACCGCCGGCUGGGCGGCGGAUCAUUCGGUGAGGUAUAUCAAGGACACGAUCUCAAGACUGGACAAGAAGUCGCCCUGAAACUCGAGUACGUACAGAUCGAUCCUUCCCUCCUCGAGAAUGAAAUCGAAAUCUACGAAAAACUUUCCGGAGGGCCCGGCAUCCCUCGAGUAUACUGGCAUGGAGAGGAAUGCGAAUUCAGGGUGAUGGCGUUCGAGCUUCUCGGCCCCAAUCUGGAGAACCUGUUCAACUACUGCGGCCGGAAAUUUUCGCUCAAGACGGUGCUGUUACUCGCGGAUCAGAUCAUCCCCGGCUUUCAGUACAUUCAUUCCGAAGGGUACAUCCACAGAGACGUCAAGCCGGACAACUUACUAAUGGGCGACGGAAAACAAGGAAACAAGGUGUAUAUCACCGACAUUGGGUUGGCCAAGGAAAUUGAGGAACGGGACUGGCACAGCUAUCCUGUAGUCGGCACGGUACGUUACGCCAGUAUCAACGCACACUUAGGGAAAGAGCAGUCUCCUCGUGAUGAUAUGGAGUCGCUCGGAUACGUCCUCUUAUACUUUCUUCGGGGUUCUCUACCUUGGCAGAGUCUGAAGGCUGAAUCUGGGGCACAGAAGGAGAAACUCAUUUUAGAGAGGAAGCAGUCGGCAGAAGCCCACGGGCUCUUCAGAGACCUUCCAGAGGAGUUCAAGAAGUAUUUUGAGCACGUCCGCUCCCUUCGCUCCGGCGAGAAACCGAACUACGUGUACCUACGUCGCUUGUUCCGCAACCUGUUCCGCCGCAAAGGUUACGAGUAUGAUUACGUCUUCGACUGGACAGAGUUAAAAUUCUUGGAAUACUUGGAGAGAAGUAGAAAACGAUCCGAGGACGGCGAAUGCACGCCUUACAUAAACGCGUGACAAUUCUCAGCGACGCCUUUUGCAAUUCAAACGUCGUCCCGACACAUGGAUAUCUACUUCAACGGUUCCAGAGACGGCCGGAGGAUGCCGCUAGGUGACAUGAAACAUUCCGUCGUUCGAUUUCCUCGUGUCCGACAUUCAUCAUACCGCCUCUGGUCUCUUCGGUCAAUCCGUGAAGGCCGUCCAAUCCAGCUUGUGCCCCACUGAAACCAUGACUUAGUUCCAUCCUCUUAACUUGUGAGGGCCAGCUCUGUCUAAUGACACCUAGCCGUCCUCCGUUUCGUAAGAAUCCUACGGCGU